GCCGGACGGCGCCGCGGGGCCGCGUUUCCGGGUGCGGCGGGAGGAGGCCGCGGGCGGCGGGCAUGAGUGACCAGGCUUGUCCCCAGCGCUGAGCAGCCGGAGCCACCGGGAGCCGGGCCAGGAUGCCGAUCCCUCCUCCUCCCCCGCCGCCGCCGCCUGGCCCCCCGCCGCCUCCCACCUUCAGUCAGGCCAACACAGAGCCCCCGAAACUGAGCCGAGAGGAGCAGCGGGGCCGUGGGGCUCUCCUGCAGGACAUCUGCAAAGGGACCAAGCUAAAGAAAGUGACACAAAUCAAUGACCGGAGCGCACCCAUCCUAGAGAAACCCAAGGGUGGCAGCGGCAGCUACGGCUCUGGCUCAGCUGCCAUCCAGCCCAAGGGCGGCCUCUUCCAAGGCGGAGUGCCCAAGCUCAGACCUGUGGGAGCCAAGGACAGCUCAGACACCUCCACUAAGCAGACCCUGCAAGUCCCCGGUGCCAGAGCAGCCGCCCCCAGGCCCCCGGUACUGGCCAACAACAACCGACCUCAAGAUGAUGCCGACAACAACCGGGGUUCUCCCCCGGAGCUGCCGCGCACCCAGAGGCCCUCCCUGCCGGAUCUCUCCCGGCCCAACACCGCCGGCAGCACCGGCAUGAAGCACAGCUCGUCCGCCCCGCCGCCCCCUCCGCCGGGACGCCGUGCCGCCGCGCCGCCCGCUCCCCCGCCGGCACACGGCGCCAAGGUCUCUUCCUACAACCGGGAGAAGCCCCUGCCACCCACCCCGGGACAGCGACUGCCCGUGAGCAGGGACGGACCCCCAGCCCCACCACCCAUCAAGCCCCCUCCUUCCCCAGUCAGUAUCCGAACGGGGUCGGGGGCUCAGGGCCAGUCUCUCGCCCCCCCGCCACCCCCUUAUCGGCAACCCCCCGGUGUCCCCAACGGCCCUUCCAGCCCCAUCAACGAAUCCGCCCCGGAGCUGCCACAGAGACACAACUCCUUGCACAGGAAGACGCCGGGCCCUUUGCGGGGUCUUGCGCCCCCACCUCCCGCUUCAGCCUCCCCCUCUCUCCAGAGCAGUCGCCCCCCUCCGCCGGCCAGAGACCCCCCCAGCCGGGGAGCAGCCCCACCGCCCCCUCCGCCGAUGCUGCGAAACGGGGGGCGGGAUGCCCCCCCACCUCCGCCCCCCUACAGACUGCACGGCUCCACCGAGCCCCCCAGCCGAGGGAAGCCACCGCCACCCCCCACGAGGACACCGGCCGGGCCACCACCGCCACCUCCCCCGGUGCGCAACGGGCACCGGGACUCCAUCUCCACCGUCAGAGCAUUCCUGGAUGACUUUGAAUCCAAAUACUCCUUUCAUCCCGUCGAAGACUUCCCAGCCCCAGAAGAAUAUAAAUACUUCCAGAGAAUCUACCCCAGCAAAACAAACAGAGCUACGCGCGGGGCCCCCCCUCUGCCCCCCAUCCCCAGGUGAAAGUGGGCUGCGCAGGCGGAUUGUUCCUGAGCGGAGAGACGGACCUCCUUCCUCUUCCUCAGCCGG